AUGUGGGCAGUACAACCUCAGUAUCACGUCGUCGACAAUAUCACUAAGCUGACAAAGAUGGCCCGCGAAGGCGGGUGUCCGACAGUGGAUUCCGAUAUACAGUCCAGCUUUUACGGACUACACUCACGCGCAAAGUCAGCAUCGCCGGCUGCCUACCGAAAUCGACGUCCUCUGCGUCCUUUCCCGACUUCAGACGCCGGGCCCGAGCACCAGGACAGCUGUCAUCCCCAGGGCCCAGACCGUACUUACCCCGCGCGCGGGAAGAAAAUCGAUGGAACAUCCGGGUCGGAGGCACACACGCGCACACACACAAUGACGAAGUCUGACGAUACGCGGAUGGGCGUCUAG